AGUUUUCUCCUUCUCCUUCUCCUUCUCCUUCUCCGUCUCCGUUCCCUUUCUUCACCUAUACGAAAGAAAUGUUGUUGAAGCUAUGGGGCUGGUAUCGCAACUGCCUAACCUCUCAUCCGUUGAAGACCCAGGUCAUCAGCUCCGGUUUCCUUUGGGGCGCCGGCGAUAUCGGUGCUCAAUACGUCACUCACUCCACUGCUAUUAAACGUCUUCAGUGUACCGAUAAAGAGGCUGAAUUCAGAAUAAAUUGGAAGCGUGUAGCUACUACCAGUGCAUUUGGCCUCGGAUUUGUUGGUCCAGUUGGCCACUUCUGGUACGAGUACUUGGACAAGUUUAUCAGGUUGAGACUUAAACUAGCACCAAAAUCAGCUCGGUUUGUGGCGGCUAAAGUGGCAGCUGACGGCAUAAUCUUUGGGCCCUUGGAUCUGCUAGUGUUCUUCACCUACAUUGGAUUUUCUACAGGAAAGAGUGCUGCUCAAGUGAAAGAAGACGUGAAGAGGGACUUCCUUCCGUCGUUAGUCUUGGAAGGCGGUAUUUGGCCACUGGUUCAAGUGGCUAACUUCAGAUAUGUACCAGUACAGUACCAACUUCUCUAUGUCAAUUUCUUUUGCUUGAUAGACAGUGCUUUCUUGUCAUGGGUCGACCAACAAAAAGAUGCUCCAUGGAAACAGUGGUUCAAAUCGUUCCAGAUUUUGAAAGAGAGAGGAGGGCAAGGUGGAUUAUGAUAAUGAUGACUAUGUUCUCCUCCCUUAUUAUCAUUUUUUACUAUGUUCCUCUUUGAAUCUCUCUCUUCGCUGUAACAUGAGAAGAGUUAGCAGGAUAGGUUUUUUUUUUUAAGAUUGGAUUUGGGAAUUGAAUUAGCUGCUGCUGCUGUAUGAAUUUUGUAUCAACCGUAAUAAUUCAUUCCCGAGCUUUAAUGCAAGAAUCUGAAUGAAUCCUGUGAGUUGAC